CACAGCUCGUUUGCGCCACGACUUACAUUGUCCAUCGCUAUCUGCGAUUGAUCUAAUAACGCGCAGUCUUUUCGCCCCAAUACGACACCAUGGCCGACGACGCGGAGCUCGCCUUCCUCCGGUCGCAAGAGCAGGAAUAUGAUCCAGCUGCGGCUUGGCCUGCUGACCAGGCGUCCGCGGACGAAGAAGAAUAUGACCCUGCAGGCGACAUGGCCGCCGAAGAGGUUGCCCAGCCCGAGCAGUCCUCGAAUUCGCCUCCCUCGGCUGACAACCAGGGUGAGAACGGCUUGAAACCUGCUUCAGCGGACACGUCCGCUGCGCCCACGCCGGCGAAGCAGCCGCGCACCAUUGGUGGGUUCGUCGAUGAGAGCGAGGAUGAGGAAGAGGAGCCUGUUGCGGCGCCAGUGAUGGCAGCUCCUGCGUUACUGCGCGCAGAGUCUCCGCAGCGUUCAGUUACAAACACUCCAAACAAUACACUUCCCACACCAGAUGUACAGUUACAUAGUGCACAAGAUCAGGGUGCUUCAUCCGUCUCUGCUUCUGUCGCUGUCAAUGAGCCUGCUCCCUCUCUUGCUUCUGUUCCAGUCAAUGGCACCACGCCUGUUCCAGACGCUACUAAGCCAGCAGCUCCUCUGACUACCGAUGCUCGCCAGGCGUCCGUUUCUGUUACUCCUGCUCCUGCUGCUCUGCCUAAGGCUCGUCUUCCUCAGGAUCGCAUUGGCAUCCUCAACGACCGCAUACAGGAAGACCCCCGUGGUGACAUUGAGGCAUGGCUGAGUCUCAUUGACGAGCAGCGUAAGCGACACAAGUAUGACGAGGCCCGCGAUGUCUUCAACCGCUUCUUGGCGCAGUUCCCAACAGCGGGUGAGGUAUGGGUUGAUUAUAUCAACUUUGAGACAGAGCUUGACGAGCUCCCGAGGGUGGAGCAACUGUUUGGCAAGGCAGUACCGAAUGGCGCUUAUGUUCCUGUCUUUCAAUGUUACAUCGAUUUCGUGCGCCGCAGAUUCAACCUUACAAAUGACACUGCCGGGAAGAGUCGGGAGACGAUUGUGCUGGCAUAUGAGUUCGUGCUGGAUCAAGUAGGCAUUGACGUUGACGCUGGCAAGCUUUGGAUCGACUAUAUUGAACUGCAGAAAUCAGCACCUGGUAUGCUCGGUGGCACGAAUUGGCAGGACAUGCAGAAGAUGGACACUUUGCGCAAGCUGUACCAACGCGCAGUGUCGAUUCCGACUGGCGCAACUCUGGAGAUCUGGCGUGACUACGAUCGCUUCGAGAUGGGCCUGAACAAGGUUACGGGACGCAAAAACCUCCAGGAGAAGUCCCCGUCAUACAUGACAGCACGCAGCGCCAUCAACGUCCUGGACAAUAACAUCACACGCGGCCUGAAUAGAACAACACUACCCAGGCUGCCGCCUGCGCCGGGAUUUGACGGGUAUGAAGAGUUUAUGAACCAAGUCCGCCUUUGGAAACAGUGGGUACAAUGGGAGAAGAGUGACCCGCUUGAAUGCGCUGUUGAUGACCGUGCCCUAUAUAAUAAGCGUGUCCUACACAUCUACAGGAGUGCAUUGAGAUCCCUUCGCUUCUGGCCAGAGCUUUGGUAUGAGGCUGCGGAAUGGUGUUACGAAAAUGGCCUGCCCACAGACGGCGACAAGUUUUUGGACGAUGGCAUCCAGGCCAACCCUGAGAGCUGCCUCCUAGCCUUCAAGAAGGGAAACCAGGUUGAGCUUAGCACUGAGUUUGAGGAGGGCCAGGCUGGGAUAGUUGCCAAGGGCAUUGCCGUGAAGAAGCCCUACAUGGAUCUGCUCGACACUCUCUACGAUCUCACUGCGAAGACGAAGAAGCGCGAGGAGCACUCCAUUGCGCGUGCGAAGGAGGCAUUUGAGGCCCAGAAAGCUGCUGACGAUGCGGCUCGGGCCAUUGCGCAAGGCAACGCCAACGACGCCGAUGACGACGACGAUGCUGAAGCAACAAGGCGGGCUCAAGAGAAAGACGUUGCUUUCAACGCGCAAGUGCAUGCCAUCUCAGCAGGCUACAACGCGCAAACUCAGACCCUUAAAAGAACAUUGACGUUUGCUUGGAUUGCUUUAAUGCAAGCGACCAGACGCGUACAGGGCAAGGGUGGAAACAACUCCGAGGUCCCCGGUUUCCGUGGCAUUUUCACUGAAGCCCGCAGGAAGGGCAAAUUGCUCAGUGAUGCAUAUGUUGCGAGCGCGCAGAUCGAACACCACUGUUACCAGGAUCCAGCUGCCGGAAAGAUUUUCGAGCGCGGCAUGAAGUUGUUCCCUGAGGACGAGCACUUUGCGCUGGAAUACAUCAAGCACCUCAUCAACCUCAAUGACUCUACGAAUGCACGAGCCGUCUUUGAGACCAUUGUGGGCAAGCUCACCGCGAAGCCUGAGAACGUGCAGAGGACCAAGCCUCUGUUCCUGUUCUUCCACGAAUACGAGGCACACUUCGGCGAACUGGCUCAAAUCACGAAGAUGGAGCAGCGCAUGGCGACACUCUUCCCCGAAGAUCCACAGUUGCAACGCUUCUCACGGCGAUUCGCGAACCCCACAUUCGAUCCCACGACUGUGCGCCCCAUCAUCUCGCCCCGAACGCAGAUGAAGCCGGUGAUGCCUUUGAUGCCUUCCGUCAUGCCAUCCGUAGAGGAGGUCAUGCCCAACGCACCUCCUUUCAGUCAAGCUCAAGAACCGCGCAUCGCCUCGCCACCAUCCAACGUUGUCAACUCUCCACGACUUAUGAAUCUGCCAGUCGUUACACACUCGCCGAAACGCCCGCUCGAAGACGCCGAGGAAAGUGCGCAACCUCGCAAGCUCGCUCGUGGCGAGUCACCAUUGAAGGGCGCCGCAGGACGCCGCCUCGACGCCGCACGUCGCAACAUGGCUGCGAGCGGCAGCACUCCUGUUGGUCUGCCUCAAGGCCCGUCCCCUCUGCCGCGCGAGAUCAACUUCCUCCUCGGCAUAAUUCCCGCAGCGCACACUUACCGCGAGGUACGCUUCAAUGCCGAAGGGAUGGUCAACAUGCUGCGCAACAUCGCCGCUAUCCCAAUUCCCACAUUGCCGGCGUCGCAGCGAUGGGGCACUACAGCGACAACCGCGCAGCAACUGCAGAGUAUUCAAGAGAAAUACGGCAACCCUGGCGCACCGGCGCCUCACGGUGGACAUCCCUGGCCGCAGUAAAUCGGCGGAAUUGGCGGGAGACUCACUUCCUUCACAUCGUAAUGCAUUGCGGAUGUAGUUCGCAAUACAGUUGCUGUCAAAGGCACAGCAGGGUGGAGAAACCCAUCUCUGUAGAUGAGAUCAUCAAAGCAACAUUGGCAACAAUCUGGAAUGGCCAAACCAAAACAUCCAAUCAGCAUCCUGUCGAACGCCGCCAUUAUCGUCCGCGAGCAGUUCCAGGCAUAUUAUCAAUUCUUCCGAGCACAUCCAUACGAGUCAAAUCUUCUUUUCCGCGUGCAUUGGAGGU